AUGCCAGCGCCAUCGAUCCCACCAAUAGUUCAAUUAGGAGUCAUAGCUCUAUUGUGUUUUUUAUUCAUGUGGACUUAUCAAUCAUGUUCACAGCCAAAAUUUUCGCUAUCACCUAUUUCACUCGCCACUAUGGCACCGAUCAACACUGACUGUCAACAAUCUCUCUUGGAAAGCGAUGGAUUUUUAUGUGAACCGAAUGUUACCUGGAUUGAACGAAAAAACGUCUAUUUUAAUCAGGAUGAAGAAAAUAUGAUGAAAUAUGGAGAUCCUAUUUUUUUUAUAUCGAUUUGGGAACCGAAUUUUCAUUGUACACACAGUCGACGUAUCGGUAAGAUGGGCGAUGGGGGCAAAUGGGUCUGCGAUCCCUAUCGAUUAGAAUCGCGUGAUGACUGUCUAGUUUACAGUGUUGGGUCGAAUGGUGAUUUUUCGUUUGAAGUUCAUAUGAAAAAAUUGAUGCCCCAUUGUGAAAUUCAUACCUUUGAUAAAAAUAAUUUUACUUGUCCGAAUAAAACAUGCACUUUUCAUAAUGUCAUGUUCGGUGAUGGAAUUCAGCCGAAUGGUUCGAAGAGCUGGAUGACUAUUAUCAAAGCAUUGAAUCAUGCGAAUCGAUAUAUUGAUAUACUUAAGAUUGAUAUCGAAGGUGGUGAAUAUAACUUCUUUCCUCUCGUAUUCAGUUCGAGCAAGAGUUUAUUUCCACGACAAAUUCUUAUUGAACUUCAUCCGACAAAUGUUACUCUUGUUCAUAGAUUCUUUGAACUUCUACGCAACAAUAACUAUGUCAUUUUUAGUAAAGAAAAUAAUCUUUACGCAGGUCCUUUCUUUUUUGAAUAUGCUUUUUUGAAAUUAAAUCCACGUUUUUUUGUGCGAUCUACACGAAAUGAAACUAAUAAAUAA